CGAAAAUGGGUCACACCAAACACUGUUUGCGUCCGAGGUGUUCGUCGACGGCAAAGGAGCCAGGGAGGUGAAGCAUCUAGGCAAAUGGGCUGCUGCUAUGGUUCAGCCAAGACAGUGGAUGAAGUUUUCCCGCGGACAGACCUGCUGCGGAGCCCGGACGCUCACCGCGCUGACCGCCGGGCCACAGCCCGCCUGACCCUGCUCGCAUCCUCUGGCGAAGGCAGGGCACGCACGCUGCACACACAGGACAUCACGGGCAGCUACUUUAGCCAAGGUACAGAAUCCCAAGGCAAGCAGGCAGAUCAACAUGUGUUCUGUUGUGUUGUGUUGUCCUAUGUGCAGAUUAUCUGAAUGAGUUGGUGGCUAAAGGGACGGCGUUGGAUGACGGCAGGACGCCGCUGCUCGUGAUGCAGCUCUUCCUGGAGGCUGCCAGGGUGAGAGCAGUCGAGUGCAUCAACCAACCGCCCACAGACACACCCUCAACCCAUCUUUCUCUCUCUCUCUCUCUCUCUCUCUCUCUCUCUCGUCGCUCGGCACGUCAGGAGGAGAGUUGGUGUUUUGGUGUGUAUCCCCGGGGCGGGUCGAGGGGUCGCGACAUGUGGGGGGCGGUGUAUGUGUAUGGCUCCUUCGACGAGUCCCAGCUGAGGCUGCCGCUGCACAGGCUGCAGAGCGAGGCGUCCGUCGAAGGUGAGUGAGGUGCGCAGACAGAACGAAAGCGGGCACAUUGCCAUUUUCGCGUUUGUGCUGAUGUGGUGUGGUUGGUACAGUGCGUGCGCAUAGCGGCGAUUGGUGUGUGGCGGCCUAUGUGGUGUCGCUGCACGAGUGGGAGAGCAAGGGGUCCUUCGAAAUCAUAUACCCCAAACACGUACGCCACGAAGAUAUCGCCCCCUGUGUGCACGGCUGCAGGCCUGCAUUCCCUCCCUCUGUGCAGCUGCGUGCCCAACCCGACGAGUCGGAUCUCGGCUGGCAGCUUACGCGUAAGUCUACAGCCUCCUUCUCUCGUCCGUCGACAGCGUUGUUUUGCGCGUGUGUGAUAUUGCUUUUCGUCUCAGAGGUGACAUUGCCGAGCGCUUACUCUGGGGAGGAGAAGAGCGUCACAGUCGUCACUCCAACCGAGCAGCCACCGUAAGACAACCGACCGAUCCACAUCGGUGUCACAUCCAUCCCUUCUCCCUCUUGUACCUCCCUCCAGAGACCCCGAUGCCCGCUCCUCAUCUAUCGGCCUGCCCACCGGUGCCCAUCCCCUGCACCUCAACCCCCAGACCAUCCACAGCCACCAGCAGCGGUCCAACAUGUACAUGCAGAGCGACAACGACCACGCGGCCAGGCAGCACGACGCACUCAUGGACGCACUCACCGGCGAGCGGCACUUCAGCGGCAACAUCGUGUCCGACCUCACCUUUCCCCCAUCCCGCAACCAGGCCAUCCGCAACGAUGGGGUCAUGACGUUCGCCUCUGCCGCCGGGCGCAACGAAUUCCGCAGCCUGGGCGAGCGGUCGCCUGCACGGCUGGUGCACCAGCCCCAGCCCAUCCCUGUGGCAGCGUCACCACUUGAGGAGUGGCGGGCGACCAACGGAGGGCCGCCGCCUGUGGCGUGGGCGCUGGGAUGGCCGCAGCCAGACUGGAGGAGGCGAUCAAGCACCGGGGAGAGAGAGGCGCUGCUGUGAUUGAUUAUGGAUCGAUUUGAGAGAGGGACAUUGAGCCAGAGCGGGAGAGAGAGUGCGUGCAUACCACCUGUGUGUGUGUUUGGCGGCCACCAGUGGAUGGGCACAAACACACUGUAUGGGAGGGAAUUAUGGCGAGUUCCACACUGAGGUUGUUGGGAUGAUGUGGUUGUUGUGAUGAUGUGUGUACGUAUUUGUGACGGACUGACAUUGUUUGUGUGUGUCAGUGAUGUGGUGCAUUGUGUUGUAUGUGCGUGCCGCCGCGUUUUGUACAGGGUUUUGCUGACUAGCACCUACCUAGACAGAGAGAUGAACCUGUAAUUUGUGAAGACUGAAGACUGAUGGAUGGAGGAGGGAUCGGCUAGAGAGCCUAGUUUUUCGACAGACACCACCCUUGGC